AGCUGCUGAACAUGGUUGGAUCAUAGAUUGUACGCCCACAACGGCGACCUCUACUGUAACUAGCAACCUUUUGUAAGCUCGUUACAAACGUUUGUUACUUGUUUUGUAUGUGCAGUAUGUAUAAACUUUCAGGCAGUGCACUUCCCGCGCGCGUCUCAUCUUGCCCUAAGCACAUGCAGGACUCCGAAAGUGCUCCAGGCCUCCUACUCCUCACCGUCAUUUACUGCUCUAAUAUCUUCACGAACUCUCACGACGAAUACCACGAUUACUGCUCUAUGUGCACUCUUUGACUUGGACCCUAUCGAAAACUCGUAAAUAUGACCAUGAAACUACUGCAUGCGCCGAUAUUAUUAUGGCUAUUACAGGACUUUGUUGCGGCUCAGUCGCCUACUGCUUCCAGAUGGGGACAGGCUGCAUCCCUCGUGCAGGACAUACUAUACGUCCAUGGUGGUCGUACCGAUCAGUUCAAUUCCUACUCGUAUAGCGCUGCUCCGGUCACAAAUGACUUCUUCUCUCUGUCCCUCGCGUCGUCCUUCAAUACGUCUUCGCCACCCUGGCAGUACUUAAGCGGCUGCUCCGACUGUUCGUCGGACCAGGGGCCUGCUGUAGCAUGGCAUACACUGUCAACAUUCAAUACCACCCACCUACUACUCUUUGGCGGAGAUCCCGGUCCCAACUCGCCUAUCUCUCUACCCGCACAAGCAGACUCUGCUGCAUUACUUGACGUUAGUGACCGUGAAUUGCCUACAUGGGAUUUCCAAACCUCGUCCUGGGCAAAUGAACCUCUGCGCCGUAUUUACCACUCUGCUUCCUCAUCCAAUGGCAAAAUCUGGAUAGUAGGCGGGUCGAAGGCUGAUGGUUCUGAUUCAGCGUUCUCGGAACACCUCGUUUUUGACCCUCAAACACCGUCUUUUACUCAACUGUCAUCGACAAACGCUCCUCCAGAUAUUUAUGGCCACCAGUCCGUCGUUUUGCCGAACGGCUGGUUACUGGUCUUUGGCGGCUACUCUCCUUCUCAGAACUCGUUGUUACCGUUUACUAGUAUUUGGGCCCUUGACACAGCGCGUCCGGGCUUAGGGUGGACGACUUUAUCGGUCUCAAACGCCAGUCUGCCAUCUCCAAGGCGCGGAUUUGCUGCCACAAGCCUCAACAACGGAAAGGUUCUGAUACACGGAGGUGCUGACGCUGAACUUCAGUCGACCUUCAGUGACGGUUGGAUUCUUGACACAACCCAAAAACCUGUAGUGUGGACCUCUGUUGACUCGCUGUCUCAAUUGGGCCCUAGGCGAGAUCAUUUUGCAGUUGCCAGUGGACAGACAGUUAUUUUUGGUUUUGGAUAUGCACGAGAUGGUCCUGCACCGUCGACGCUUUCGGUAUUUGAUACCUCAUCAUCCACCUUCCUCUCCACCUUCAACCCUCCGAGCCCUCCUCCAUCCAUGACUACGCUUCCCGGGACAUCACCGACCACCUCCGCUCUUAAUCCUUCAGGUUCUCAACCACCCGGUUCUUCUCCCUCCGGCACCUCACCAGGGUCACAGCCAGGGUCAGCGGAGUUCCCUUACCCAACAUCGACCGGUAAUACCGGCAACAACAACGGCAACGGCUCACCCAGCGAUCCAAGUAACCCAGAUAACCCGACGGGUGCGAAAGAUGAAAAGUCCCAUGCCACCGCUAUCGCAGUAGGCACUGUCUUCGGUGUACUUGCUCUCAUGGUCGGCGCCGCUGCUACUACCUGGUAUAUGCGUCGCCGACAUUCACAAGAGAGCUUCCAUCUACUUGCAAAUUCUGGAGAUGACGAGGACAGUCCGCAUGACGGUCCAAUCCUUCCUGUCGCUGGCCUGAGUACUGUGCGCGAGAAGGGUCGGCCUAUCCCUCCCAUUGUCAGGAAUGUGAAGGACAGAUUGAGCACCCUAGUUCCGGGACAGCAUGUUCCGUCUCCACAAGACAGACGGGACAUGUUGGCCGAUGAAGAUACAAGAGUGUUCGAAGAACAAGGAUGGUGGGAUGGUGGAUUACAUCGGGAUACAAGCAGCGGACGCUCGUCGUUCAUGCGACCGACGUUCGGCGACCGUGUGCAUGACUCCUUGGUGUCUUUACGUACGGUCGGGGGUGCGGUGUUGGAUUAUGCCGCGGGGUCUAUAAAGAAGGAGGGAAGCGGCGGUUCGCGGUCGACUUGGCGGCAUGACAAGGAAGCUAGUGGUCCCUUCUCUGAUAAUUGGGGUCUGGUCAAGGGUGUUUCAUCGACACGACCCAGAGGCGGCAGACAAACGUCUUCGUACACAUACGCUGAUCCUUUCGAGGACUACGAGGUGGAAUCGCUCAAGUCCGAGGAUAUUCCCACAUACCAAGACGAACCUUUAGAUGAGCCCAACUCGGGCUUCCCGUCUUUGAGCGAUCCUCCGCCACGACCAUACCUUCACCUUGUUGUUCCUCGGGCUGAGCUUGACCUUGCCCAUCCAACACCUAUCUCUGAACGACCGUCGCUCUCUACGGUCACCGAACAAUCAACUACACCCAGCGACUCAAAUCAGUCGAUGCAGCUAAGUCAGUUCGGAGCGGUCCCGAGUACAUCUUCUAACUCACAUGAGCCUCCUCGUUCUCCCCGUCGACCGUCUUCCAUCAUCGAUGCAAACCCUUCUUCUCCCUCCAUGCCUAUGCGUCGUUCCAACAGUUGGUGGACGCGAUUUUCCAAGACUCCCCUCCUUGACAGACGGCCAAGCGACACUAGUAGACGUACUCAGCCUUUAGACUUCCGAGACCCUAAUCCUCCCCCGUCACGACUGGUACCUAUCGAAGAAGCUAACUCACCUGAGAGUCCUUCGAAACCUGGUAGCAGGAAAAGUAGUGAUGGAGUUACUGGACGUGUCCACGUGUAUUCGUCUCACCAACAUGGUCGAUCUGCGUCAUCUUUGCAGUCCAAGAAGACUGCAAACUCGGAGAUGAUCGAACGGAUGGGUCAUACCAUGGAUAUUGUUCAAAAAGGCACUAUGAGUUCGCAUGGUAGUGGCCUGAGCACGAGCAGCGUUGAAGAAGAUAGAGCUGAUGGUGCUCCUAUAACGAAACCUCUAUCCAUUGUUACUAGCAGUGGGUCGAAAGCCUCCUUGACGGCAGAGCCAGACUCGUUAUUGGUUCAAUCGCCUGAGCAGUUGCCACACAAUGCUUCAUGGCCCAAUGUCACUGUUCGGGGCAAAUCGCCAUCUCCACCGCGUCAGUCUCGGUCACCAUCAAAUCGACCAACGUUAGGCGGCAAGGUUGCAGAACGUGUACAAGCGUUUGAACGCCGGAUGUCUCAGGAGGAACCAAUUAAGUCUCCUCCACCCGCUUGGUCGACCAAACGCAUAUCGUACGGCGUCGUUCCCAAACCCUCGCUUUUCGUUGCGAACCCAGAUCGAAGUCGUAAUUCAUCGACCGAUUCGUAGACCUCACUUCCACAGUGCUUUCCUUUUUGUUGAAUUGAUUUUGGACUGACUUUGUUGCUUCAUUAUAUGUUACUGUAGUACUAGAUUCUGACGGACACCUUUUUUUCCAUUCUCCUUGUAGCCUUGAUCUUUCUUUCUUUCUUUGCGAUACCUCCUUAUCUUAUACAUUCACGACCAUUCACGACCUUUUCACGACCUCUUGUUUAUUAUUCACAUCUACACGUUACUUAGUGGACCAUAUAGUACCGCCUCUUGUUGUACUGACCCGUUAUACUUGUAUUCUGCUGAGAAGAAAUAGAUCGGACCUUCACUCAAC